AUCUAAUUCACCAAUGAAGCACACCAACAUAACAGGUAUAGUCCAUCUUUCCUCAAUUAUGUGUUGAGCAACAGGUGCCCUGUGUGCUAACCUUUGGCUGUACUGGUUGAACAACUGGAGAUUUACUGCAAUUUUUUCAGGAAACCUAUGUUCAAAUGGAGCUGAUAUUCUGCACAGACGACCAACUAAAGCCUGAGCCACUGUCCACAGCCGUGAACAUUCAAGACCAAGAUGUCAACAAUGAUUCUGAGUUACAAUGUCCACCAGAACGCACUGUGUCAGAGGUACUGCCUGGAGACAUGCCACAUGUAUUGGGUACUGAAGGAAAGACUUCACUGUUAGACACUGAAUCUCUACAGCAAAAUAUUCACAGAGCCCAUUUGAACACACCUUUGAAUAUGUCUGAGAACUUCAUACCUGGCUCCCACAGUACUAUAGAUGGCAAAGACUUAAUAGAGUGGGAUUGUUGUGAUUUUGCACAACCUGCAGUCCCUCUGGAUGGAGCAAAUACUUGCCAAAGCAGUGAUCCUGUGGCAACUACUCUAUCCAAAUCUAUGACCAAUGCACCUGCCACUGUGCCAUCUACUGCAGGAGCUUUGUCUGGUCUGAGUGACUUUAUGUUUAGUGCCAGUUUUAAGUCAGAUGACUGUGAUGCUGGUGGUCUACUAAGGUCCUUAUCACAUCACUCAGAUGGUUCAGAGAGCGACUUAAUGGCUGCACCUCUCUCGGAUCUUUACAUAUUUGAAAGUGAAUCAAAAGAUUUUACCCUGUGCCCUGAUCCUGGUCCUAAAGAUAGUAAAUGUUCAGAGUGCCGGCCAUUAACACAAACAACAGUGGCAGAAAAACGGUUUACAGCAAUUUCAGAGGCAGGUGAUUCAUCUGUGGAGACCAAAUAUAACAAGGACGUGCUAAAAGAUCAGAUAAUAGUCCAGUAUGAGUCAGAUGAGCGGGACAGUAUGAGUGUAGAAACACCUGCUGUGGACGCCUCUGAUGUGGCACAUGAGAAAACUGAGGGUACUGGUGUAACAAUGAGAAAUGAUAGUCCCAUGGAACUGUGGCUUGAUGCUUGUCAGUAUUUUGCAAGUGAAAAUUCACAAGGUAGAAAUUUGAGUGAACCAUCUGUGAUGCAAGAAUCAAUGUCCACCACGACAAGUGACUUUUCUGUCACUCCAGAAGAGACACAAAGGUCAGGUUACAGUCUCAGUGCUUGUGACAUGAUUGGCUGGUCCUUUGACGACAACGAAAGUUGGGGGGCCCCGGUUGAGAGGUGGUCAUCAGUAGAUAGCUGGGCUAGUGCUCUUUCUGACUGGGCAGAUAUUAUCUCGUCUCCACCGGAAGACCUCACUGCUGCCUUCACAGAGAUAGGAGCAGAGAUAGAUGCUUUGACACAGGCGCUUGCUGAGGUAACCACUCAGAUCGAAAUAGGACAACAAAGUGAAACAUCAGAAGACAUUCCUGAUCAGUCCAUUAUUGGAGUCAAAGACAAGCCUUUAGACUCACACUGCAUUACAGAAAACUCAGCCUUCUCGGAACAGAGUUGUCUUAGAGGUGAGAUUCAAGAAAAAGAAUGUAUUGACCCAAUGUGUACAACAAAAGUGGAGCUCAGCCAAUGCCAGACUGAGCCCAAGCAACAAUCCAUGAGUUCAUGCGAGGUCACCACAUACAGUGAAAUACACAAUGCAGAUAGAACUGCACUUUCUGUGGCACCAGGGCCAACAUCUGAAGCCGAUACAGGUCUGCUGCACAGAAGAUCUGAUUUAUUCGAGACAAGCAGCGAUGUGGUUCUGAACAUUGUAGAAGACACAGAUGUGGAGUUAGAGAGUGCAUCCAAAGAUCUUCUCUACUGUGAGCCCCAUAGAGAUAACAAGUGUGAUGUAAAAGAUGAACCCAGUUUCUCUUCGCUGGACUUGCAGGCUGAGCGGGAUAUUGAAAGAAGUUGGACCCCACCGGAGACACUCAAGGUCGAUCAUAAAGGGAACGAUACACUAGCUUUUAAUUUUCUCAGCCCACUCACUCCAACAAACGCGCACGUGCCUGAAGAGGACAGUAACCCUGGGCUAAAUGCGCAUGUGACUUUAGCGGCCCUUGAUGGAGCAUGUCAGGUGGAGCCACUGUGGGGGAGUCCUAAGUUUAUUAUGCCCUCAGCUCCUAUUAGUAUAGGCUCCUCCCUUGUCACUCAGGCAGCAAGCAGCAGUUUGAAUGGAGACCAAGAGGCGACUAGAUGGGCUCUCAACAGAGACAGUGUUUAUGAUCCCAAUGAAGCUUUUGAAUGCCAGCCAAAAUCGGAUGAUAUUUCUGACUUCUCUUCAGAAAGUACUGAGGACAUCACUUGCUCACAGCAAAGUGAAACAGAUUCUUCAACAGACCUAAUAUCUGAUGAAAUUACACAGUGUUCUUUCCAUGAAAAUAAAACCAUUUUUGAAGAAAGUAGAGACCUUCUAAACUUGGCAGUAAUACCAAAUGAUCAUUUCACAGUCUGUGUGGAAAAACGGGUAGCAUGCUUCACUUUAGACUUGUAUGACCCUUUUUUUCCUUUGGUUUCAAAAACCUCUGCUGCAAGAAUGCCACAUAAAACUCACAAGUCUUCCUUGGAGGGCAAAACACGCUCCAAAAAGGACAGGCCUGCUGGUCAUUCCCAUGGCGUGCAAACCUCAAGGAAUCAGGAGAACCUACACUAUAAUGAUGGAGCUGAACAACCACCUUGUACAUUCAAAGAAAAUUUCACAGGAGAACAGGAGACCAGAGUGGAAUAUAAGGACGGAGAAAAGGUUAUAGAGGCAGUCACACAGAAAGAAACUGGCAGACGUCAUAGUAAAAAGAAAAAGAAACACCCAGGGAAAACUACAACUGAAUCACUGACUGAAGCAGAGAACGAGGCAAAAGCUGACAAAGCCAGAAAUGAUAUACUUAAAGAGAAACAAGUCACAAAGGACAGUGACCAAGCAGGGGCUAUACAAAAGACUGAAAAAGCAGAAACUAAAACAUCACCAAAAGACAAAUUGUCGCAAAAUAUAAGUGCACCAAAUAACGAUGACGACUUCAUUAAAAAGCGCCGCCUGUCACAGGAUAAGUUUGGAAAAUUGGUCAGUUCUCUGGAAUCUAAAUUAACUAAAAGAGACACACCAAAAGCAGCGGAAGACAAGGCUGAUGCCGGGACAACCCGCAGGAAAGCAUACAGCGAAGUAGUGAAGCAGAAAAGUGUUAAACCAAAGCAAGAUAUUAAGGUUGUGCAGCCCAUCCAGGCAGUGUCUGUGAGCGGAGACCCCCAGAGCCUUUGUCUCUGGUGUCAGUUUUCAGAUGUUCUCACUGACUACACAAUCACAUGGAGGAAAGACGGCACUGUUCUGACUGAAAUAAAGAGGAGUGCAGGGGAUGAGAGUAGAGUAUCACUGACCGUAUCCAAUGCUUCCCAUAAAGACCUGGGAAAGUACCAGUGUGAACUGAAGAAUGUUCACGGAAGGGUCACUCUGGACUUCUCACUCACCUAUGAAUUGCUCAGUGAGAUUGUCGUCCCUGCAACUCCUAAACCCACUCCUGCUGUUUCUGCUGAGAUGGGCCAUGAGGAGGAGAGUAUAAACUGCUCCAGACUCAUGUUCAAGGAGGACUUUCUGGCUGAACAAUACUUUGGAGAGAGUCAGUCUGCGAGCAUUGUCACUGAGAAGAUCCACUUUGGAGAAGGCAUGCACCGGCGGGCCUUCAGGACCACACUGCAGGCAGGACAGAUCCCUCUGCUGGUCCCGGGACACGCCUGUGUGCUCAAAGUGCACAACGCCAUCAGCUACGGAACCAACAACAACGAGGAACUAGUGCAGAAAAACUUCCAUCUGGCCGUGGAGGAGUGUCAGGUGCAGAACACUGCCAGAGAGUACAUUAAAGCAUAUACUGCUGUGGCUCAGUCCUUUGAGGCUUUUGGACCAGUCCCAGAGAUAAUUCCCAUCUACCUGGUCCACCGCCCGUCCAAUGACAUACCGUAUGCCACUCUUGAAGAGGAGCUGUUUGGAAAUUUUGUGAAGUAUUCAGUAAAGGAUGGCAAAGAAAUAAACCUAAUGAGGAAGGACUCUGAGGCAGGACAGAAAUGCUGUGCAUUCCAGCAUUGGGUUUAUCACCACACUGAUGGCAACCUCCUGGUCACUGAUAUGCAAGGUGUUGGUAUGAAACUCACUGAUGUUGGAAUAGCCACGGGAAAGAAAGGGUACAAAGGCUUCAAAGGAAACUGUGCCACGUCUUUUAUUGACCAGUUCAAAGCCUUGCAUCAGUGCAACUCAUACUGUGAAAUCCUGGGACUUACGUCUCUCCAGCCAAAGCCUAAAAAGACUGCACCAGCCCCCAAGCCCAAGGCUGCACCUGGUGCUACCCCCAAGAAGAAGAUGUUCGAGCCUUCGUUGAAGGGGAAGUCAUAACAGGGCGAGUGGGAGGAGGACACAGCUGAGCUAACAGACUCUUGAUUUCUUAAACAUUUUAUUUGAAAGAGUGUUGAUUUUCAUGAACUUGAACUGUGACAGAUUUAACACUUGAAUUGAUGCAUUUUCAUGUGGUUUGAUGAUAAGGUCUUUGAGUGGAAAGUGAGGACAGUCUAAAUCUGUUGUUUUUCUACUUCUGUGAUGUUUUCAAAUAAUAGUUCAUUAAAUUAAUGAGCGUUUAAUUGGAUUGAUUGUUUAAUUUAAUUGAUUGGAUAAGAAGUCUUUAGCUUUGUCUUUCAGGGAUGCAUUCAUUCAGUUUUACAGUAUAAUGGUGCGUCCCUAUUCUUUUGGUUGCAAUGCAACACAUUUGUAUGUUUUCUUUAUAUUUUAAAUUAAUUGUACUGUCUAUGUAAUAGGACAUCAUUUUUGUAAAUGAGUAUUGAAAUGUGAACAAUUAUUUUUUUCUUGUCUCUUUUACAGAUGUGAAAACACUUUUUUUUGAAGUAGUGUGUAUACCCACUACUUUCACUUUAACCUGUGUGUACUAGUCAAAGACACGUCACUGCUGCUUGGAUCUUAUGCUGUAAUUACUCUUUCAACAAACUAUAUUGUGUGGAACAAUUCAUGUACAUAAUUACCUUAACUUCACUUACAAACUAAUGUAAUGUGAAUAGCUGAUCCAAUAGCACUUUUAAAGUCUGUUUUUAAUAGAGGCAAUGCAGUGUUGCCAUAAUGGAAUAAAAACAGAGGCGUUUUAUU